GGCGUCGCUGUUCGGAUCGCAAAUCACCUGACUUGGUUAACCGAAGUGUAGGUCUGAAUCGUUUACAUCUUCUAAAAAUUGUAAAGUAUUUAUAUAAGAUUUACGCCUAGUUUUACGAUAUCCUCGAUAAUAAUAUAAUGGCUAGUCAAACUCAAGGCAUUCAGCAGCUAUUAGCAGCCGAAAAGAGAGCUGCAGAAAAAGUGGCCGAAGCAAGAAAACGAAAAGCAACUAAACUUAAACAAGCCAAAGAAGAAGCCCAAAGAGAAAUUGAAAGGAUAAGAGAAGAAAGAGAGAGAGAAUUUAAAAAGUAUGAAGAAAAGCAUAUGGGAUCUCGAGAAGAUAUAGCUACUAAAAUUGAAGCGGACACUCGUAUCAGGAUAGAAAUGAUGAAUAAAGCUAUGAACGUUAACAAAGAUAAAGUCAUCGAACAUCUUCUGACAUUAGUUUGUGAUAUCAAACCAGAUGUACAUCGUAAUCUUAAAUUAACAAAUGUUCCUCAAUAACAGUUAUAUUAUUAUUAUAUUUUAUCUGUUAUUGAAGACUUAAUGGUAUUUAGUCGUGUGUAAAAUUUAUCAUAUAAUAUAGAAAGAAUAUAUAAUAUUAUAAAUGUAACUGGUUAAUUAUAAUGAAGACAUUCCGUAAUGUUUCCAUUUUAUAUAUUUUUGUGUAUAAACAAAAGAACUAGAUUUUGUUAGCUUAUAUUGAAUUCUAAAUGUCUGUUAAAAUGUAAAAAAAUACAUUAUUGGAAAGUAAUUUCAUGUGUUUAAAUGAAAUAGAACAUUGUAUGUGGUAAAAUUAAUAAAAGAGAAACACAUUUAAAGUUUAUAUUUAAAUAGUUAUGAAAUGAAAUUUCAUUUAAGUUAUAUUUGAUUUGUCAAAUUGAUAGCUUGACUAUCCCAAAAUUUAGAAAGUAAAAAAGGUGGAAUUUAUUGAUUUAUUUUCUUAAAAUUUAUGUACUGAUUUAUGUUAUAAUUAAAGAAU